AUGGUAGUUUGGUUGAGCCUGUCUAUCGAGCUGAUGAGCGCCAGCGUCUUCUUUAUCCCCUCUAACCCCAAUGCCGCCACUGCUCUAGCAACGGUAACGGAGCGCCUAACCGCGCUCUUUGCCGAUGAGGCAACCCCCGUCUCACGGUGGGCCCUAGAGCACAAGCUGAUGCGCGACACACCGUCCUGUCUUCCAAACUCAGGCACACAACGCCCAGGAGCACCGAAAUAUAUGCAGUUUCUCUCUCUUACGUACCAUCCCAACCACGGAUUCAUCUACACUUCCCAGCAGGCAGAUAAGGAUGGACCAGGAGCAGUAGCAGCUCCUACCCCAUCCAGCUCACAGUCAUCCCAGGCGACUUCUGUGACAACGCCAAUGGUGAUGACAACAGUUCCGCUCCCAUCAACCGGGGCGCUGUAUCAGCAUUUCUCAUAUGCUUGUCAGCCGUUUUGGUGCCAUAGACACACGGUCACAGUGCCAAAUGGGGUAGUCUACGAAAUCGGCGAUUUCAGAGUACGUGCCGGGGACGUACGGCAGACGCAACCUGCCGUACGGAUGCGAGGCACAGUUGUCGAGAUUGAAUGGCAGGGUCCCUCGCUGGCUACCACGCUCUCCGGCCUGUACCGGUCCAGAAGGCAGAAGAGGAGGGUGGCUUCUAAUACCUAUAUGUGGGAUAACGAGGAUGGCGAGGACCAUGAUUCAGGAAUUGAUAUGGCGUUUCCCGAUGGAGUGGAGGAGGCCGAUAUCGAUGCCGAGUAUGCGGCAACUGCGGCUUUGAUCAAGGAGUUUUGGGGGAAAUUGGAGAUCGAGGGCGCAAGAGAGGCGAUCCUUGUCCCGGAUGUGGGGAAAGAGGUUAAGGAGCGAUUACGAAAGCUGAAACAGCCGGACAAGCAGGGUGUUAGCCAUGUUGUAAAUGAGGAUGGCAGUGGGUUACAGGUGGAUGAAGAUCCCGAUCCGGAUGCUGGGGUGGAUGUGGCAAGGCAGUUCAUGGAGAUCUUUAGAUUCAACCGAUGA